AUGUGGCCCUGCCUGCUGCUUGCCCUGGCCCUGCUGGCCCCUCCCCAGCCCCAGGGGGUCCCCGCGGCUGAGGCCAUCCCCCAGCUUUACUACACGGUGGUGAAGAGGCUGCGCACCUACUCGGGUGCCCAGGCCUACUGCCAGGAUGUGUACCGGGGCCAACUGGCCUCACUGCACAGCGCCGCCCGCAAUCAGGAGCUGCAGAAACUGGCCCGUACCUACACCUUCCUCGACGUCUGGAUCGGGGCCGUCACCAGCCGAAAGACAGGGAAGUGGGAGUCGUGCUGGGAGGACUCCAGCCCCUGGAACUACGCCAACUGGGCACCCACCCACCCUCGCCACAUUGUGACCACCUGCACCACCCUCAGCACCCGAGAUGGGCUCUGGCGCAGCCGCCCCUGCUUCGAGCUGCGCCCCUUCAUCUGCCAGUACUGAACUCCUAGUGCUGCUGUUGCCCCCCAGUUCCCUUCCCA